AUGGGGAAUUCACCAUCAACACCUUCACAGGCGACCAGAAAGUCAACGGCACAUAUUCGAAGCUCGAGCCAGGGUACUCGAAAGGAUUCGAAUCUUGAAGAUGAAUUUAAUAAUCUGAUAUUACAUCAGGUAAAACAGCAACAAAAAUUAAUACCAGUUGGAUCACGAAAUCGAUCCCAGAGUAUUACUUAUGAUCAAUUUACUAAUGAUUUGAUUGAAGAUGAAUAUAAUGAGUUGAAUGAUGGAUUAAUUGAAACUGAUGCCACGGAAUUAAGUGAAGAUAUUAUAACUAAAAAGGAUGAGGAAGAGGAGCAAGCAGAAGUUGGAGGAGGAGUAGAAGAUAUGGAAAUUGAUCGAAAUACACCCACUCCGGAUUUGACCAAGGUUGAUUUCACCAAGAUUGUGGCUCCGCAACCUAAUUUGUAUUCAAAUACCGAUGAAGAGUUAUAUCAUGAAGAACAUCAGAUUGAUUACGUUAGUAAAGUUGGAUCUAAUAAAACGAUUCCGGUUGAGAUUAAAUGGGUUAAUACAACCAAGGAAGAGAUUCAUAAGAUUAGUAUAAUUGGAUCAUUUUCGAAUUGGAGAAGUGUUGUGAGAUUGAAACCAUCAAAUCUUCAUUCGAAUGAAUAUUUGACUACAAUUAAAUUACCUUUGGGAGUUCAUAAAUUAUUAUACAUUAUAAAUAGUGAAUAUCGGGUUAGUGAACAAUUACCAACGGCAACUGAUCAAGAAGGUAUUUUUUUCAAUUGGUUUGAAGUAUUAGAUUCAAAUCAUUUAUUUAAUCAUUCUGCAAAUCAACCAAAUCAUAUAAAUGCAUCAAGUGAUUAUGAUGCCAAUAUUAUCCAAAUUGCUGGCAAGUCAAAUGUUGAUUAUAUUCAUCAAAAAUCAAAUGAUUUAUUGGCUAAAGUAACCAAAGAAACUCCUGAUUUCGAACAUAUUGAACAUCCAAUUGAUGAUGAAUAUAUUUCUUAUAAUGAUAACUAUUCAAAUUCUUUUUUAGAUUCAAUUCCUCAAAAUUUACCUUGUUAUUCAAGUGAUAUUCCUGAAAUGUUUGUAAAUUAUGAUUAUUUCAAACUAAAGGGUCCCGAUUAUGAAUUACCUGAACCUCCUCAAUUACCAGCUCAUUUAAAUAACGUUUUAUUAAAUAAACUUUCAAAUAAUCAAUCUCAAUCUCAAGUUCAAUUACCUUCUCAAAAAUCAGAUAAAAGACCUGCUUUAAGAAGGGCUGAUAGCUCCUAUUACAACUCAAACAAAGAAGCUUAUCAUUUAAGUAUUCCAAAUCAUGUCAUCUUAAAUCAUUUAAUGACUACCUCCAUUAGAAAUGAGGUUUUAACCGUGGCUUGUAUUACAAGAUACUCUGGGAAAUUCGUUACUCAAAUAAUGCAUUCUCCAGCUGAAUGA